AUGGCGUCGCCCAGUGGCAAUGCCUGGAUGGCAGCACCCGCUGGCCAGCAGUUGCCCGGAGCGAUUUCAGCCAGCGAGGCAGAAGAAAUGGGCUUGCAAGUCCGGACAAUGGGCCUGAAGGUGCACUACACCUUUGACAAGGACAGCCGGGUCAACUGCUUGGCUCGCUGGCCACAGCAGCUGCAGGUGCAGGCCAUUCCCAUCAGCGACGUCAGCUGGAUUGGCGUCAUCGAUCUCCGAACCUGCCUGCAGGCCAUUGCCCAGUGCAGUCCCGAAAUCUUGUCCCAGAACGAGCACGACUACACCAUCUACGCCUACGACUACUCCGAACCCGACACUCCGCUGGUCGGCCAGGGCAUGUUGUCGUGGGCUCUCGACCUGUCCGGCCCACCGGCCUCGACAGACGACGGCAGCAAGAUGGUGACCGGUCGCGUCAGCAAGAACGUGCUGGCCAUCUUUGGCAACGGCGUGCGCGAGACGCUCGAGGUCAAGCUCAAGCUCACCGAGGUCCCUCGGCCGACCCGUUCAGACAUGCUCGGCCCUGCCGAUGGCUCCCAGACCAGGGGCGCUCCAACACCGACCGACACCACCGAGUGGAACUCGUUCCUGCAGUCGAACCCGAAUCUUGGCCGCUCGGCAAACGUCGCGGCCGUGCAGUCUCCUGGCUUGGCGUCAGUCCGGCCAGACAUGUCCUAUUUCCAGCAGCAGCGGCCGCCGUCGGCUGCCUCUCGUCCUGGCUCCAGACCCGGCUCUCGCCAAUCAUCCAUGCCUCCCUCUCUCCUCGCCAAACCCGCACACCCCCUGCCGGUCUCCAGGAUGGGGAGCAUGGGCACUGGCUCACCGCCACCAACAGCGGGGACCGUCGACGAGCCCGUCGCAGCCUCCACACCGCCUGCCGAGCCUGUCAAGUUGCGGUCAGACGCCGGUCGUCGUCCCUCGUCCAGGCCAUCGUCGCGGACCCGGUCCAAGGUGCCCACGGGCCGCCCGCGCGGUCGCCCUCGAAAGCAGCAGCCGGCCGACGGCAACACCUCCGCCGCCGAGGAGCAGCCCACCGAUCAAGACCCCGACGACGGCUCCAAGCGGAAACGGGUCAAGACCACCAAGGCCAACUACCCGACCAAGACGUCGCUCGACAUGCCGCCCGACUCGUUGCGUGUCGCCGCCAGCACGUCGGGCUCCCUUCGCACCCUGCGGCCCAUCAUGGCCGCACCGCCGUCGGGCAAUGAGGGCGGCGGCGCCGGCGGGCCUGCUGCUCACCUGCAGGAGCUCCCUCGUGCCCCCACCCCAGUGCCCCAGGGCGUUCCACCCAGCCAGCACCACGUCAGAAAGAUGCUGGCCCAGAAGUCGCGCCGGGAGUCCAUGGUCGACUUGGAGAGGAAUGCCUUUCGGGAACAAGAAGGCCUCUACUCACGCUCAGCAGCCGAUACCCGAUCCAUCGACACCCGAUCCGUCGAUGGUCGCUCACCCACAGAAUCCAUUGCCCCGUCACCCGAAAACUACACCCCCGACGACAGCCCGGCAGAAAUAGGCUCGUCGCCGCCGGUUCCUCGCUCUACGACCUACGUGCCGCAGUCCAGUCCGAUGCCGUCCAGUCCGAUCUUGCCUCCGAUGCCCCGGCGGCCUGAUACCGAUUCUGGCUUUAUGAGCGGCAGCAUGGACGACAUGUUUGACGACGACGACUGCCUGAACGAGACCGUUAUCCAGCCGCCUGUACAGACGCCCAAGGAGUUCGCAGCACCGACUCCUUCCACUGCUGCUCCCGAGCCUGCUGCGAACACGGCCCCCGGCAGCUUCACGGCAACGAAUGCCGCGCCGGCAUCCAACGCCGCCGCGAGUCAACCGCCUCCCAGCAGAGAGGGCGCAUCUCGACCAGCGGAGCAGUACUCGUUCAUGGCUAUCAACCCUGGACCCCCAGAGCUACUGCCCAUGACGAGCAUAUACGACCCGCCAAAGGCCCGGCCACCAAAGGCCCAAAAGGCAGCGAGCGUGGGUGGGAAGAGCAGUUCGGCCUCACAGAAACGAGCGUAUUCUGAACCCGCACAACCGCAGCAGCCUCAGGAACAGCACGGGAUGUCUUUUGACGCAAGUCACUGUCCAAACGCCCAGUCAGCAACAUCGAUGGGAUGGCAGACUACACCGACAGAGGUCAACACGCCAACACCCACAGAAGUAGCGACACCUAUGCCGCCAACGACGGCGGGCUCUCAAGGUCCAGAUGUUGCAGAGGACCUGGCCGACCUGGCCAGGCUGAUUGCCGCAGAAGACGACCUGGACGCCGCCGUGGGGGCGACACUGCAGAUGGCGGCAGCUAAUGGCUCUUCGUCCAACGACGGCCAGAUGAUGUCGCAGCUACGAUUGCCUCAGUCGAUGCCGCAACGUUUACCAGAGUUCUUUUCGCGUGCGGCACGCGACAGCAUGACCAGCGCGUCUGCAGGCCCCUCGGUUCCCGCCAGCGAUCCGCCUGCGCCGCUCCCAUUGGCAUUGCCCGCAAUGCCACCAGCGCCAACAGCCUUUUCCGAGGCACCGUGUCCACCGAGCGACACGGACCAGCCGCGAUCAAACAAGAACCUGGUGCGCAAAGCCGCCAUCCGGGAACGGCUACAGAAGGCGAUCGAGAGUGGGGAGAUGCCACCGUUCUGCCAGAACUGUGGUGCGAUUGAGACGCCCACAUGGCGCAAGAUGUGGACGCAGGAUCACGAGGGCGAGCCGGGCUAUCACGAAUACUCGGAAAAGCCGGGUCACGUGACGGCGAUUGACGUGCUCAACCGCGACGACGAUGGCAAGCCGACCAAGCACCGGCUGGUGAAGAAGGCCCUGGGCCCGACGGAAGACAGCAAGCAGUGGACACAGAUGCUGCUGUGCAAUCCAUGCGGCAUCUGGCUGGGCAAGUUCAAGAGCCACCGACCGUCCGACCGAUGGGAGAAGGAUGCCUCGCGGCUCAACCAGCCCAAGCGAAAGCGGGAUGCCAAGAGCGGUGGAGGUGGAUCCCGUUCGAGAAAGUCGAGAACAAAGAGUGAUCCACAGCUUCAGCCCACGUCGGAGGCCUACUUCACAACCGAUCCAGCCGGCCUGGCCGAGCUAGACGAGAUAAACAUCCAGGGCACAUUGCCGUCAGCAUACAUGCCCACAGCACGAUCAGCAGCAGCCGAGCCUCGGUCCAUGGACGAGGUCGUAGCUGCUGCAUCAGCGAUGGCAACAGAGUUGACGGAAGCGACAGCGGAAACAAGACGGCGGGAGCAGAGACAACAACAACACCAGCCGGAUUUUGAUGCAGGGUCUAACCGGGGGCCUGCUUCCGGUGGCGGAUCUGUUGGUCGCCAGGGACUGCGAUCGGCGCAAUCAAAGGGGAGUGGAACGGCAAAGAGUCCAAUUGCGGUGGACGAUCCGAUUUUUGGCGCCACGCGACGGCUUCUUUUCCCAUCGCCCCGCAAAGACGGCAUGCCAAAGGUGUUGGGCGAGCUGGACGCCAAUAUUGGGACGCCAACAGGUGGCGCCAAGACGCUGGCUAGCAAGCUUGGUAACGGGGGCAGUGGCGACGGCGAGAGCAUCUCCACCAGGCAGUCCAAGGACGAGAUGGUCGAUCUUUUUGGAACACCACCUCCCCCAGCCACGCGGCCGUCGACGCCACCGCCCAGAUUGAUCGUGGCUGGUGAUGGUUCUUCUGCAACGGCCUCAAGCGGGCCAUUCAAGACGCCCACUCGUCCCACUCCGAGUCACCGGCCGAUGACCAGGAGCAUCACCAAGUCCAUUCGCUCUGUGGCUCACUGCCCGCUGUCGCCAUCUGAGGCCUUGACAGCACUGCAACGGACUCCGUCAAAAACACCGCGGGCGGCUCUUGCAGGCUCCAACAUGCGUCGUCCAACAGGAGCCACUCCCGGCCGGCAAAACAUGCACAACCAGCACGGCGGCUCCUUCCAGUUGUGCGACAUGACCUUUGAUACGCCCUUUACCUCGACGCUGAACCAGCUGCUAUCGGAGGCCAACGAGUUCACUACGGGCUCGCCUUCGCACGGCCUGGGAGAGCUAGACCUGGUCAGCCUGGGCAGCUUAGACGGCGAGGAGAUGCACGGCGGAACCUACCACGGCUCUGUGGGCAAUAUCGACUUUAGCUCGUAUCUAGACACCGACCUAACCAUGCCGAGCACAUCGCCACUGCUGGGACGCAAGAGCGCUGGUCACAGCAACCGGCAUCACCAGGUGACCUUUGGCGGCGCUCUGACCGUUGACAGCGAUGCCCUGUGGACCGACUUUAGUGGCGCAGGUUUUCCGAACGAUCCCAUGGAAGAAGAUGUCUAG